CUCCCACCUCCUCCCUCCAUUUCCAUCCCACUCCACAAAAACUUCAGCUUCAUUAAAAUCCCAACUCCCAAAUUUGAUCACUUUCUUUAGAAUAAACCAUGGCAGCUUUUGCGAUUUUGCAACUAGUCCUUGUUAUUUCUUUGUUUCAUUUCAGCUCAGCAGCCAGGAACCUUGCUGAAAUUUCCGAUAAAAACCAAAUGCAAUUCCAGUACCACAACGGCCCUCUCCUCACCGGACAAUUCUCCGUCAACUUGAUCUGGUACGGCCACUUCACCCCCUCCCAGCGUGCAAUCGUUUCCGAUUUCUUCACCUCCCUAUCCAAACCCACCUCCGACCAACCAUCUGUCGCCACGUGGUGGAAGUCCAUAGAGAAAUACUACCACCUCGCGCAUUUGAACACACCCUCUUCAUCUCUCUCCCUCUCUCUGGGAACCCAAAUUCUUGAUGAAAAUUACUCUCUUGGAAAAUCCCUCACUUCCCGCCAAAUCCAACAGCUGGCCUCAAAGGGUGCACUAAACUCCGCAAUCAAUGUCGUUUUGACAUCGUCCGAUGUUCUUGUCGACGGGUUCUGCAUGAACAGUUGCGGCACCCACGGCUCAUCCAACGACGCUAGUCAAAUCAGAGGAUCAAAAUCCAACAAGUUCGCUUACAUUUGGGUCGGAAACUCAGAGAGCCAGUGCCCGGGGCAGUGCGCGUGGCCAUUCCACCAGCCCAUCUAUGGACCCCAGAGCCCACCCCUUGUGGCCCCCAACAACGACGUGGGCCUGGACGGCAUGGUGAUCAACCUGGCUAGCCUUUUGGCGGGGACCGUGACCAACCCUUUCGGAAACGGCUACUUCCAGGGUCCGAAGGAGGCUCCUUUGGAAGCUGCUUCUGCUUGCCCUGGGGUCUACGGCAAAGGGGCCUAUCCUGGUUAUGCUGGGGACCUACUGGUGGACCCCACAACCGGAGCUAGCUACAAUGCUCAUGGAUCGAAUGGGAAGAAGUACUUGCUUCCUGCUCUGUUCGACCCUUCGACUUCGACUUGUUCUACUUUGGUUUGAGGGUUGAGACUCUUUAACAGGAGAUACGAAUUAAUAUUAAAGUAUAUAUGUACAUUACGAGAGAGAUUUAGGGAGAUGUAUUCUGAUAUCUAAAUUUUUUUUAUUCUUUUGUAUCACAUUGAAAAUUAAUAUAACUACAUUAUUUUGUUA